AUGGCUUCCAUACAAACUAAGCUUGUUUCACAACCACAAACACAACAACCAUUACAAAAUGGUUUCUUUAAUAAUUAUCAACAAAAUAUAUAUAGACCACAAGGUAUUCAAUCACCUCCACAACAAACACCACCAUCACAACCACAACAACAACCCAUACUACCACAACAACCACAACCACAAUCACAACAACCUUUACAUUUACAACAACAACAACAACAACAGCAACAACAACAACUAUUACAACAACAACAAAUUUUACAACAACAACAACAAUUACUACAAUUACAACAACAACAACAAAAUUUAAUUAAACAACAACAACACCAAGCUCAACAACAAAAUUUUUUACACCCACAAGCUCAACAAGUUCAAUCACAACUACAACUACAAUCACAACCACAACCACAACCACAACCUGUAAAUAAUGUUAAUAAUAAUAAUAAUAAUAAUAAUAAUAAUAAUAAUAAUAAUAAUAAUAAUAAUAAUAAACCAUUUGGAACCAAUAAUAUACAUUAUUCUUUGGUCCAACAACAACAAUUACUUCAACAACAAGCCCAACAACAACUUUUACAACAACAACAACAUCAACAACUACUAUUACAACAACAACAAGCUCAGCAACAAUCGAGUUUAAAUAACAGUUUAAAUAGUAGUGGUAACAAUAGUACUCUAAAUACAAGCAAUAAUAAUAAUAAUGUUUUGCUUGGUGCAAAUUUUAAUAAUGCUUCAAAUCCAUCCAUCAAUAUUGGAGAUCCACAAUUAAAUAAUAGUAAUACCAAUAAUGUAAACAAUAUAAAUACUAAUAAUACUAAUAAUAAUAAUAAAAGUGGUUCAAUUGAUCAGUUUGGAUCACCACAAAUUGGUGUGUCCUAUGUUAAUUCUAGUUCUAAUUCUGCCAUUCCAACACCACCAACUAACCAAACCAAUGGUUCAAACUCUCAUUCUCCAACACCUGUUGGUAUAAAUUCAAAUAUAAAUAUAAAUUCAAAUUUACAAUCGCCUCAAAAUAUUCAACAAACUAUCCUUUCACCUAAUAUAAGUCCAAACCAUAAUAAUAAUAAUAAUAAUAAUAAUAAUAAUAAUAAUAAUAAUAAUAAUAAUAAUAAUAACAAUAAUAAAGUGUCUGAAGAAUUAAACGAACAAUUACGAAUGCAACAACAACAACGACAACAACAACAACAACAAAUUCCUCAACAACCAAUGCAAUUACUAUUACAACAACAACAACAACAACAAGCUCAACUACAACAACAACAAGCCCAACUACAACAACAACAACAAGCUCAACUACAACAACAACAACAAGCUCAACUACAACAACAACAACAAGCUCAACAACAAGCUCAACAACAAGCUCAACAACAACAACAACAAUUAAAAAUUUACCAACAACAUUUUGGACAACUUCAACAUCAAAUUCAUAUGUUACAACAACAACCACAAAACCCACAAACCCAACAACAAAUAAAUGGUUUACUUCAACAACAAGCACAAAUACAGCAACAACAGGCUAUUAUCAUUCAACAAAUGCAACAAAUGCAACAAAAUCAACAAAUACAACAAAAUCAACAAUUACCACAACAACAACAACAACAACAACAACAACAACAACAACAACAACAACAAGCCCAACAACUACUACUACAACAACAACUACAACAACAACAACAACAACAACAACAACAACAACUACAACAAGCCCAACAAGCCCAACAACAACAACAACAACAACAACAACAACAAGCCCAACAACAACAACAACAACAAGCCCAACAACAACAACAACAACAACAACAACAACAACAACAACAACAACAACAACAACAACAACAACAACAACAACAACAACAACAACAACAACAACAACAACAACAACAACAACAACAACAACAACAACAAGCCCAACAGCAACCACAGGCCCAGCAAUCCCAACAACAAGCCCAACAACAACAACAAAAUCAACAACAACCUCAACAACUAAAUCAAAACCCACCAAAUCAACAAUUACCACAACAACCUAACCAAAUAACACAACAACAACAACAACAACAACACCAAACGAACCAAAUCUUACAAAAUCAACAGAGCCAACAAAUUCUACAACUACAACAACUACAACAACAACAACAACAACAACAACAACAACAACAACAACAACAACAACAACAACAACAACAACAACAACAACUACAACAACAACAACAACAACAACAACAACAACAACAACAACAACAACAACAACAAAGACAACAACCAAAUCAAGUUCAACCAAAUCAACCAAUAGAUUAUAAUAAGAAAUUAGAAUUACUUAAUCAUCCAAUUUGGGGUAAAGUUCUUAAAGAGACAAGACAACAAAUUGUUUUAGUAUAUGAACUUUUAAGGAUGAGAUGUGAAGGACCACAUAUAAAGAGAAAUUUAUUUUAUCAAGGUAUUGGUUUAGCACCAUUUUCAUUAUCAUUACCGAUUUUAUCACCAUCUGGAUUGAUCAAUGCAACCACUGGAAAACCAAUAUUAAAAUGUACAGGCUCAGCCACUAGUUUAUAUAUAGUUGAAGAUAAUAACUUAUUCUUUCAACAUAAUUGUGGUGAACAAUUGGUUAUCUCUAAAUUGUUUGGUGCAAAAGUAGUUCCAAUCUCAACCUAUGAAUCCUUUUUAGAUCACAUUGUAAAUAUCCUCUUUAAUCUAACCCUAUUAAGUCCUGAUGAACUUAAUCUUUGUACGAAUAGAAAGAAUCAACCAACUUUUCCUUUAUAUCAAUUGGAUAAUAAAUUAUCAUUGGUUAAUCAAGUUCAAAAUCAAAAUCAAAAUCAAAAUAAUAAUAAUAAUAAUAACAAUAAUAAUAAUAAUAAUAUAAAUUGUAAUAAUGCUAAUGGUACGAACAUUGUGAUUAGCGAGGUUAAAAAUGAUAUAAACCAACUACAACCACAACAACCACCACCACAACAACAACAAGCAAUACCAUUCGUUCCAUCACCAACCAAUGAUGGAAAUAGUGUAAACAAUAAUAUUAAUAAUAACUUUAUUAAUAAUAACAGCUUUGUAAAUAAUAAUAAUAAUAAUAAUAUCCAACCAACUAAGUCUAUUAUAGGCGUAUCAAACCCUUUCCAAAAUAAUAAUAAUAAUAAUAAUAAUAAUAAUAAUAAUAAUAAUAAUAAUAAUAAUAAUAAUAAUAAUAAUAAUAAUAAUAAUAAUAAUAAUAAUAAUAAUAAUAAUAAUAAUAAUAAUAAUAAUACAAAUAAUAAUAUAAAUAAUAAUAUAAAUAAUCAACAACAAUUGUAUAUUCAACAACAGCAAUAUUCUCAACAACAACAACAACAACAACAAAAUCCUCAACAACAAAAUCCUCAACAACAAAAUCCUCAGCAACUACAGCAACAACAACAUUUACAACAAUUACAACAACAACUUUUACAACAGCAACUUUUACAACAACAACAACAACAACAACAACAACAACAACAACAACAACAAAUGCAACAACAAAUUCAACAGCCACCACAACAAAAUAUAGAACCUAUAAAUCAAUUAAGCGAUAAUCAAAUUAAUAUGCAACAAUUUAACAUGUUAAACAAUACCAAUGGUAAUUUUAAUAUCAACAACACUAAUAAUUUAGUUAGAUCUUCAGUGCAAUAUUAA